AUGUAUUAUCUUACGGUUGUAGUUCUACAGGGAUUUAAAAAUAGUUACGCACAAGGAGCGUGCCCGCUCCGACAGGACUUAAAGAGUCCCAAUCUAAGUAUCUGUAUCUAUGGUGGAGGUGAUAGGAGGGGCCAGAUCAACCUGGUGAAGGAUGGCGUGGACAUCGUGAUUGCUACACCAGGCCGCCUCAAUGACCUACAGAUGAAUGAGCUCAUCAACCUCCGCUCCAUCACCUACUUGGUGCUGGACGAGGCUGACCGUAUGUUAGAUAUGGGCUUUGAACCCCAAAUUAUGAAGAUUCUUCUGGACAUCCGUCCAGAUCGACAGACUGUCAUGACCAGUGCAACUUGGCCCACAGGUGUGAGACGACUGGCCAAAUCCUACCUAAAGAAUCCCAUGAUGGUUUAUGUGGGCACCCUGGACUUGGCUGCUGUUAACACGGUGCAGCAAACGGUGCUGAUUGUUCGCGAAGAGGAGAAAAAGUCGUAUCUGUUUGACUUCAUCAGAAACAUGCAACCAGAGGAAAAAGUAAUCAUCUUUGUUGGCAAGAAGCUUGCAGUUGAUGACCUGUCCAGCGAUAUGUGCCUUCAAGGUUUGGCUGUGCAGAGUCUCCAUGGUGACCGUGAACAGUGUGACCGUGAAGAAGCUCUCAAGGACUUCAAAACAGGUCGAGUUCGUAUCCUCGUGGCCACAGAUUUGGCAUCUCGAGGGUUGGAUGUCCAUGACGUACACGUCUUCAACUUUGACUUCCCACGUAACAUCGAGGAAUAUGUUCAUCGUGUAGGUCGCACUGGCAGAGCAGGACGUUCAGGUGCUGCUGUGACCCUGGUGACAAGAGAGAACUGGAGAAUGGCACCUGAGCUAAUUCCCAUCAUGGAGCGAGCAGGACAGGAUAUCCCAGAGGAGCUGUUGCUUAUGGCAGAAAGGUAUCAAAAGCACAAGAAAGAGAAGGAAAUGUCCAAUCCAAGGGGAGGACAGGGGCGAGGAGGAGGGAGAAGAAGUGGUGGAACAGACCGUGGCCAAAACUGGGGGUUCUAAUACAGAGCUGUCCAUGCUGGAGCAAGGUCUCAAUCUACCUGUGUUAUUUCUUUUUAAUGUGCAUUUCAGUUCUUUAUUUUCUGUUAUUGAAAGGUUUGUUUGCUGGAUUAUAUCUAUGAUCAUUUGGUGGCAACUUGCACCUAAUUGUUUUCUUGUCUUAAAAGAAUUUAAAAUGCACAUUUUUCUCUGCCAUAAACUUAUUAGUCUGUUAUCAUUCAGAAUAUUUUGUGUUAUCUCUUGGUUGUGGAAAGCUUAAUAAAUUAUCUUAAAA